GGACCUUGGACCUUCACACACUCAAGCAGUCGUGAAGCAGAAGGAAGGGCUUACAUUGUACAAAUUGGGACGCUCCUUUAAGACGGAGCAUUUCGACGGCACUGAUGGCUACGAAGCAUCGGCAACAACUCAGCUCAAAAGGGCCCAGGGACACUGCAGAGUUAACUAUGAAAUUUGAAUUUAACCCCAGAGAUGGGAUCGAUAACCCAGCCCUGUCACUGGCAGAGGAUUCUGAGCCAGAGGGAGGGGCUCAGGUGCGCUUCUGCUUCCUGAAGAAAGAGGAUGGGGAGAGCUUUGGGUUCUGGCUACGGCAGGAGGCGGGCAGCAACGGGCACAUCGUGCGACAGGUGACGCCGGGGGGUCUGGCUCACCGCAGAGGCCUGCAAGAUGGAGACCGGAUCUUAGAGGUGAACGGGGCUUAUGUCGAAGGCCUGGAGCACUUCAGGGUGGUUUGGAAGAUCAAGAGCAGCGGGAAGCAAGUCUCUCUCACCGUCCUGGAUGGGACAUCCUAUGAGUUGGCAAAAGCCCUCGACCGGGACCUUGGCCAGCUCUUGCCCCAUCACAACAGGCCACAGCUGUGCUGCGUCAACAAGGACCAAAGUGGUUUUGGCUUCAGCGUUUCAGCUCCAGAAGGUGUGAAGGGCACAUUCCGACUCUCUGUGCCAAAGGACGGGCCAGCUCACAAGGCAGGGGUGCCAGAUGGUUCAUGGCUCCUGGAGCUCAACGGUGCUUGUGUGGAGAGUUGGACUUUUGCACAGCUUCACAAAAAGAUCAAGCACAGCAGCAACCCAAUGGGGCUGCUGGUGAUCGACGCCAAAUCAGAGGAGUUUUAUCGGCAACGCGGCGUUAAGGUCACAGCCGCUAUGGCUGACGCUUCCUGGGUUCCUUUCGAGGUGAGGAAGCUGCAGAUGGUGAGAGGCCAAGAUGGCUACGGCUUCUUGUUGAAAGAAGAAAAACGUUGCUCGGGAGAAAGAGGUCAGUUUCUGAGGGAGGUCGAAUCCGGCUUGCCAGCUGAGAAGGCAGGGAUGAGAGACGGCGACCGUCUCCUGGCUGUGAACGGCGAGGGCACUGAGGACCUGGACCACCAGGAGGUGGUGCUGAGGAUACGUGCCGACAGCAGCCGGGUGGCCCUGUUAGUUAUUGACGCAGAAGGAAGCAAGUUCUAUGACUUGGUUGGGUUAUCACCUCUCCUUUUCUAUGAUGACCAUGAGCCCCCAUCGGGCUUGCACGUCAUCCCCCCUCGCCCAGCAUGCCCCAGGAGAAAUAGCAACGCUGCCUUCACACCCUGCCUCUGUCACCUCAGAGCAGACCUCCAUGAGAACAGACUGCAUCCGGAGCAGUCUGGCAGCAGCUCGACAGCCUUCGCAAAAGAGGGCCAAGACGCAUUGAGCCACGCAUUCUAGAAGCUGCCAGGCCAUUAUCACCGAGCACAAUUUCAGCCUGGCUCUGCAGGGAGCUGAACUCCUGUUUGUGGCAGAAGUGAGCACAGUUGCACAGAUGCUAGCGCUGCAGUUUGAGCCUCUCUCCCUCAUGGCCUGGCUUUUCCCUGUCGCACCACUGCCUUGUUGAGCAAUCUGUUUCUCCAACCCCUGAAAAUGCUUCCUGUGGAUUUGGGCAAGCGGGCUGCGGUCUCGAAGCAAGGCAUGCCGAUCAGAGGAAGAAGCUCUGGGACACCUCUGAACCCCACAAAAAUCAAACAAGAGACUGUGUUUUUUUCCUGCUUUGGGGUGUGACUUUGUGAGCAGAAGAGGCUGGAAGAUUCGUGUUAAAAUUAACCUCUGUUUGGAAUGACUGCUGCUAAGGGUAGACCUUCCCCCACUACAUCAGAAAAGGUUAGUGACAGAAAGGCACUCUGCAGGCGCUCAGACACACUCUUUAUUUUUCCUACACAUGUUUGGGGGCUGAUAGCAGCUUAAUUCACAAUAUCAAACUGAGUUGAGGAUUAGGUAGGAGGUGGGAGGCACAUGCUCUGAUGACCUCUUCCUUCAGAUGUACAAUGGAUUAAGACCAAAGUCCUUCAGCUGGUGCUUAUAGUCCAUAUGGAUGACAGUAGCCUCCUUCUCCCAAGUGAGCUUGGCACUUUGCAAUUUAGAGAGGACGCAGUCCAGGCUACCCUGCAGAAAGGAGAAGUUAGAGGCAGGAUGAGGGGUGCGUGUGGCACCAAGGGAUGGAGACCAAAAGUGUGGCAUCCUUCUAGUUCUAUAGCUGCACACGACUUUACAGCUGCUGCUGCAGAACAGCGAGAACAUAAGAAUAUGUACCCAAGAACUUCAUGUUUGGACACAACAACACUCAGAAUGCUGGAAGCAAGCUUCUGAGUUGCACAGAACACUUCAUCGGGCAUGUUUCAGAGCAAACCAUUAUUAUUUUUUAACAUUUUAUUUCUAAAAGCUGACUCUAUUUCAAUAGCUGGUAACAGAUCAAAGAGGCACUACCCUACAGCCUCUGUGUUUGAAAGCAGGCCAUGAGCCACAGAAGGGGUGCAUGGCACCUAGAGACUCACACCUGUGGGAAUAAGACACCCCCUCUCCCCAAGCUUUAGAUAAUGGCCCACAUGCUGAACCCAUUACCGUAUCUCUUCUUUGCAAUCUGUGACCCGCCACCCACCCAAACUCACAUGCAGGAUUUUUUCAUAUUCUGUCUCCAUCUCGUCAACCUUGCGCUGCAUCUCGGCUACGGCCUUGUCCUUCUCUUCCAGUAUCCUUGCCUGGUCCAGCUGGCUUUGUAGCAGAUCACCUUGGCAGGCAGCUGCAGGGCAGAAAGUGUUGGGCAAGGAGAAAGAGGAGACAAAUAUGUGUGGGAAGGAAAAGCACAGAGAGGACCUUCCAAGGCCUCUAGCUAAGUGGUGGAGCUCCAACUUCGCACACAAAAGCCCUCAAAGUCAAUUGCCGGCAUCUCCAGGUUGAGCUAGGAGAGAGCCCUGCCUGAAGCUCUGGAGAGCUGCUGCCAAUCAGUGAAGCAAUGCUGAGCUCGAUGGAUCAGUGCUCUGACUUGUUAUAAGGCCAUUUCUUACGUUCCUAAGGUGGCAGGCAACAAACAUCUCAGAACAGAGAACUAAGAAGUUCGUGGGGUGGCAUGUGAUGGGGCUUGAUAACAUCUAUUUUCUACUGCUUUUAAGUGGCCUUACACUCCAACUUCACCUGUAGCAAAAUGUGCCAGAAUCUAUUCCCUUAACGCAAGCUUAGUAGGGCUUGUAACAGAAUUAGGAAAACUGAUUUCCAUCUCAAGGUUUGGAGGGUUAAGAUUCAUCCUCACUCCACCUCCCUACCCCACACACAGAUUCCAGGUGCAAAAAGUGUGUGUGUGUGUUUGCAAAAGAAGAGUAUCACUUUUUAACUUGUUUUCCCCCAAGUCCUUAACUGAAAGAUGAACAUGGGCAAAGAACAGUUGCUACAACCAUACGUAUCCAUGUGUGAUCAUCUCCAAGGCCAAGGGUGUGUGUGUGUGUGUGUGUGUGUGUGUGUGUGUGUGUGUGUGCGCGCGCGAAAUACCAAGUUGUGCCUGCAAGUUCUGCGUCUCCGCUUCUAAACGAUGGAUCCGGGUAUUAGUCUGGUGCUGAAGCUGCUGGUACUUGCGGAUCAUCUCUGGAACACAAGAUAGGAGAAGAAAAUGACUGCCCCGUCCAACACCCUUGCCCUUCAUUAACAGGCCUAAGAUUUAUAGCCGGGAUGGAGGAACCUCCAGACAUUGUUGGAUUCCCACUUGCAUCAGCCCCAGUCAACAUGGCUAAUGGCUAAGGAAGAUGGGUGAUGAUGGGAAACCUCUUGCAGGGGGGAGGCAGGUUCUCCACACCUGAUUUGUAGCAUCAAGUCUAUCUGGUGUAACAGAAGGUAAACAGG